UCGAUUUCCAACAGUCCCCGACCCGACCUCAGCUCAAGAAGAACCCGACCUCAAUUGGCACGACGAUUGCGACACAGCCAAUUGAGCACAUUUCUACCGACUUCUAAUCUUCUAUUCUUUGAAAUCGGGUCGACCCAAUUGUCACCAUGAGCCACGUUACUCGCCGAGCGCUUUCAACGCUCAUUCCUCCCAAGGUUGCCUCGCCGAACGCUAUCGGCGCUGCCCCUGAUGCCGUCCGCAUGAAGCGCGUCGUCAACUUCUACUCGAAGCUUCCCAGGGGUGCCGCUCCAGAGCAGAAGGCCACCGGCAUCCUCGGCCGCUACCAGGCCAAGCACUUUGGCAAGAACCCAACCGCUAAGCCUAUCAUUCAUGCCAUUGCCUUCAUUCUCGCUGUCGGCUACGCUCAGAACUACUACUUCCACCUCCGCCACCACAAGAACAACCCCCACUAAAUCAAUCGUUAGGCCCUUGGGGAGGACUUGUAAUAUGGAUUGUAGCUACGGCGAAUAGAAGAAGACCGUUUGUACACCACUUGAGCUCUAAGGAAAUUCAUUUGUCUCUUCCCUUGAUUGCAUUUACUGGGCAAUUCCAUGUUUGCACAGACGCUUAUGAUUUGAGAAUGUGAACAAGGAUUGGCUUGUAUGCCGGUAGAUUUUUUUUUUUUUGUUGCGAAUGGACGAAAUCAAGAAGAUGAUGAGCAAUCCAAGGCAACGCGUGGCACA